AUGAGCAAGAAAAACAGGCUUUGCCUGGCAGCCCUCGAAGAAGCAAAAAAAUGCGACGUUUCAGACGGCGGCUUCGUUGAAUUUCUCAAAAAAGCAACAGACCAACAAGUGAAGGAUGAUUUGUCAGUGGGAACCUUUUUUUCAACUUUUAUGUAUGGAACUUCAGCGGAGAUUACAUUGAUAAAGGGACACUGCCAUUCGUUUUCAGCGAUGAACCAGUUCGAAGAUUUUUGCAGGCUGCCCGAUUUCUGGUUUAUUUAUUCAUUACGUCACUUCUAGAACGUAUAUUGCUUUCAGUACAAUAAAAAGAGCUCCACGGACAAAGUUUAUUGGGAACAUCUUGCCAGAUUCAAUGCUGUUUAUGACGGUUUUUCUUGUUCCAUCAAAAAAAUAUAUUUAUUCUCUUCUGUUUUGGAGGAAAUGAUAAUGUUAUGCCGCAAAGUGAGACUAUCCGAUACAUGGCGAUGCCGAAGUCGUUUUCAACAAUGUUCGAUUCAUUUUUCAAACACAAUCUUGAUUUUUUUUUUUCCAGAAAAAAGGCUUUAGAGGCUUUCAACGUACUGUGCGGUCGAUGUAAAAAAGAACAGGAAAUAGUGGUUCGAUUCAAAGAUUUCGAUGCUUUUUUGGUGAAAGAUAAUAUGAGAAUAAUAAUUUUCAGAAUUUUCAGAAACACAUGAUUUCAUUUCACCCUAACUAUGUGGUAGAUUUUUUCGUGUGUUCGGAAUGCAAAGACGGAUUCUUGUGUCACGAUGAUUUUCGGAGACAUUUCCGUAAAAAUCACAGUACUUCUGAAGGGGUUUGUUUGACUUUUUCAUGUUUGUUUGAUUUUUCUUUUUGAAAUUUCUUUGAAAUUAUCUCUUGAAUGUUUUUUUCAAGCUUCUUGAUUGAAGCAGUUUAGCGGCAGUAUUACUCAUUUCAGAGGAGAGCUUUUUCGUCUUUUUACGUUUUUUGCGAACAAUGUGGGUUGAGCGCCCUACUGCAAUCUUCGGAAGUGGACUCUACUCAGCUUUGGAGUCGCUUUAUUGAGUUCUAUGUCAGUUUUUGAUUUCAAUAGAAAAAGGUGAAAAUCGUGAAGUUCUUCUUCCGCUUUUUUGGAUUUUGCUUACGUUUCCAGAUUCAAUUAAUUAAUAAAGGUAGCAGGGUGCACCUUUUUUUUGAAUAAAUGAAAACGGUUUUGACAAUAACGUUCAAAAAUUGCGAAAACUUUUGAAUUUACAAAAUGCCGCAUUGUGAAGUUCCAAACAGUGGGAUAGCGGCUAUAACCAGUUGAUAAUGAUAUUUUUUGUAGAAAUACCACAUUAAUGACGAGCUACGCUUACUCACAGUUUGGAGCUCUUCAUCUAAAGAUCCAUCGAAACAUUCUCUGUUUUCAUAUAAUUCCUGCGAUCAAUGUGAGUUUAUUGAUCCUGUCAUUUUUCCAAUCAAUCUACACAGAUUCAUACGACUUGCCCGUUCAUAAAAGUGGGAUUUGUCCGGAUUGUGGGGUUAGUUGCAGCUCCAACGUUGAAAAGAAGUGAGUUUCGAAGAUGUUUCUCAUGUUUUCUGAUUUUAUUUUUCAGAAAGCAUUCACUUGAAAAGCAUUUUCCUCACGCAAUAUUGGCUCUUCUGUUUUGCUCCAAGGUGAGAUAACUAAGUUUCGUUCUCUCUAGUAUCUGUGUGAUCUUUUCUUAAGAACGAGAGAUCGACGGACACGGAAAUAGUGAAAUCGGAGCAUUUCCCACAGCCGGCAGUUUUCUUCUCCGACGGUCAGACUUUGAGGCAGGAACUCAAGGCCAGUGCAUAUUCCUUGGCUAGUGGCCGUACAGAAAUGGCCAAAUUGCGGAAAAAGUCGUUUUCUUUCAUAAGUCUUCAAAAGUGCUCAGUUCAGGGUUUUUUUCUGCACCAAAUGUUGUCUGGUCGCAAACGGAGAACGCGUUGUUAACCGUCAUCUCGCGGAAUGUGCCGGAAUAGAAGAGGAAGACGUUUUCUGGCUCGAGUAUGAAAUGCCACAGCAUGUGAGUUAGAGGUUUUGUUGAACUUCUUUUUGUGAAUAAUCAGCAUUCGACAAAAAAUUCAUUCUAUUGGAAAAAGCCAUGGGCCUAAUUUCACACUAAAUUUUAAUUUUAUGUAUUCUGUGAAAAUUUAAGAAAAAUUAUCAUUUACUCGCAUUCACAAAAAAAUGUUCUUUUGAAAGUUUUUCUUUUUUUCGUUUUUUCCUUGUGCAGAAAACUGGAACAUUAAUUUCAUUUGGUUCAAUUCCCUCGUCGUACGCCUCCCUCUCAAAAGGAGUGAUUUAUCGAUUGCAGAUGAUCCCUUUGAACGCUGGAGCAUCUGGGUUGCACUGUAAAGUGCCUUGUAUGAAUUGCGAAGAAAUGCUUUGCUCUGUGGAAGGACUCCGCGUUCAUUAUCUUCUGAAACACAACUCUUUCUGUUCUUAUGUGGAAGAUGAAAAAGGUAGUCUCGUGUCACUUGCCCAAUAAAAUUUUUUUGCAGACACUUCUUGGCGGUGCCCCCCUACUCACGAGGCAUAUAGACGGGAAAUCGACAAAAAAAUUGGAUUGAUUCCAAUCGAAGAAAUGAAAUCGGACCGAGAAACGACAGGUGAGGGGUUCUUAGUUUGACACGGGUUCUCUCCAUCUUUUUGUUUAAUUUUUGUUUUCAGCUUCUGAGAAAAAUUGUUCUCGAACAGUUUCAGAGGAGUCGAUCGCGAAUGCGACAAUGUUCCGUAGUUUAAUACAAGGUUUUCUUUUAUAUUUUUCAUUUUGAGUGUCUUCGAAACCCAGAGGAAAACGUGGAUGAGGAGCCCAACAUACUUCGAGAAAAAACGAAAGAAGAAGCUGAACCUCCGUGUCAAAUAAGUAAAGUUUUCGCGGAUUUUUUUCCUAUUUCUUUUUUGAGAAGUGCUUAUGAGUAAUGAGAAAUCGGAAUUUUUUAAGGCUACGACGAUGACAUUACGGUUUUGAGUGAUAGCAGUGAGCCUGCAGGUGAAGAUCAGAGUUACGGAAACCCUGGAACGAGUUUGGCCCGAAAACUUCUCAGUUGAAAUAUGAGUUUUCUAGGCUCUGCAAUAUCCGACGAGAAAAACUUUUCCAAUCCAGCUUGCACAGACGUGCAGGUUUCCUAAUUUCAAAACUAAGACCAAUGGGAAAACUCUUUACAGGCUCCGGAAACCAAUAUGGAAGAUGUCGCUGCCGGAUCUCCCUCAAACGGUUCCAAAGAUGAUGCAGAAAUGCAAAUUGUCGGCGAAACGAGCGAUGACAAUAUUAUCGUUGAGACCCAAGUGAGUUUAUUCCAAAGAAAGGAAAAUAAAGCGGGUUCGCAGGGACCACGAAACGCGCCAAUCGAAGAGGCGAUUGAUGAUGAUCUGAUCAUUAUUUCAUCCGCAGUGUACGUCUUGGACUUGUUGCAACAAUAUAAUCGGGUUUUUUUCAGGGAAAAGAAAGUUAAAGGGCGCGCAAAAAAGUACCAGUGUAAAACUUGCAGUGCAGGCUUCUACAAGAUGGCCAGUUUGGAGGAGCAUGAAAGAGAACACAAUCUGGACAUGGGCAAGGCUUUGUAUGAGGAGGUACAUUUCUUCCAGUCGGCUCCAACAAGUUAAUGGGUACCUAUAACAACAAAGAAUAUACAUGACCGUAUCGCAACAGAUAGCAAACUAUAUCUACUCUACAAAUAUUCUCUAUUUCUAAAGCGAGCUGGUCAAAGAAAACUUUCAAUUAACUGACUCUAUUUGAGCAAGUCGUUGGAAUGUUUCAGGACUAUGGUCUGCCCAGAAAAGCUUUCGUUUACAUUUGCCAACUUUGCGUCGCUGGAUUCGAAAGCAAGGCGCAACAUGCGGAUCACAUGGAGAGACACCGGCUAUAUCGCCAUGUCCUCAUGUUCGUGAACAACCGAAAAAUGUCCCGAUUUCAUGAAAGUCUUUUCAGUUCCUGUCCGUCUUGCUUCGCGACUUUUUUAAGCUACGACACUCUUCAUGAACAUCAGAAACUGCACAUCUCCAAAAAACUUUUCUUCAAAUGCACCUUGUGUACGCCUCUUCCAGCCCCUGUUUUUCACUCAGUAAGUUAUUAUUUAUACAUAUUAUACACCAGAAAAGAGUCUGACGACAGACCUCGGCAACUAACGAAAAAUGUUUUAAAAAAAUGGAGCAAGGACAUUUCUAAGUAUAGAGAAAGGCUUUAAAUAAAAAUCAGUCACUAUUUUCUUUUAGACAUAAAUUAAUCGACUAGGCGGCAAACAAAAACUUUUAAAGCUAUAACGAACAAUCGCAUCUGACGAUUGUCCGUUAUAGUCCAAACGUGUAGUAGAUCAAGUUGAAAUCAGGCCCUCGUUUUUUUCUGCGCGUAGCUCAUCCGGAUGCGCCUCCAAUACAACUUUUGUGGAAUUCGAAUAAUAUAAAGUGUAAUAUUCAAAAAACGUUCUUGGAAGGGAUUUUUGCUGCAGUAGGGGGGAGCUCUGAAGCCGUAUGCACUGGAGAGAAAAAAGAUCUUUAUGCCGUGUUCAAAGUAAUUUCCGCGAAAUGCAAAAUGAUCUCUGACUCUCCAAAAUUUAGUGAUCUUUUCGUUUCUCUAACGGGUAUUUUGCAUUUCGCGGAAAUUACUUUGAACACGGCAUUAAAAAAAACCUUUUCUUUUUGCGCGCAAACGGCCUUAGGUAUGGGAAAAUGGAUUUCGGAAAAACCUGUUAACCUAAUGUACUGUUCAUAAACAAAAAAAAAUCACAAAAAAUACUCUUGCAAAAGUUUUUCAUGAAAAUUUUUUUGAAAUUCUAUUAAACCAUUUUUUUUUUUUUGAAAUUUUUAUUAGUUUGAAUUGAACUAUCUCUGACUGCGUUAUCGCUCCAAUUUCCGAUUUAUCGUAUGUUGAGGACUCCCAAUUGAUGCACCACACGCAUAUGUAUCACGGCGCAUCGGUUCUCUUCAUCUGCAUGGGCUGUUCUUUGGGCGUCUGCGGACUCGAGGCCCAGUUUGUCGAUCACAUCAAGAGUUGCCCAGGAAUCAGGGUCUUCCUUCUUAGUUCAAUUCUCAUUCGCUUUUCUCUGUUUCAGAUGCUUCCGCCGAUUCCGCUACAGGCGAGAGUCGCCGUUUUUUCAGUGAAUUCCAUCCGCUACCAACCGGUAAACGAAAAUGCAUAUCUCCAGCACCGCGAAGCCAAUCCUGUUCGUUUGAAAGCUUUUCAAUUAAUUACACGAAAAAAAAAAAUUAAGAUAGACGAUUUUUUUCUAGGGUCUGUACCACAUCCCAAGCAGAUGCACUCAUGUUUCAUUUCUCCGGUUCGGAAGCGCCUUUGCCGUUUGUAGAGAGCCCAAUUGUUUCGGAUUGGUGAGAAAAUUCAUUGAAAAGAGGAUGAAAAUAUUUUCAACGAACUCCAGGUUUCCCCACAUGCUUUUGAUAUUCAUGAUAAGCCUCCAUUCAUCGAAGAAGAACAUUUCCAUGGAAAGGGGAUCAUCGAAUGGCUUUUCCAACAAGUUGAAUCGGGUCUUCAGGUUGGAAAAUCUGUCGUUCCUUCUAAAAAGUUUUUUGCAUCAAUUCAAAUCUCAAACCAAGUUGGCAUGCGCCUUUCUCAUAAAAGUUAUCAGUGCGUUGCAUAAAAGUCUCAUCACCUUUUUUCUUCACUUAACACAACGACAAAGAGAUAUUGAUGUAUCAAAUAAAGCGAAAUUCCUAAAAAAAAAAAAUAGAAUGUUCACAUUCAAAACAAAAAUAAAAAUUUUUUCUAAACUAGAAAUUUUAAAAGGAUGCUCUAAUCGCUGAAAAAUUCGGAUCAUUUUCUAAUCAGGCCAAUGGCCUUCAUUCAUAGUAGGAAUAUUCUUCAAUCUUUCGUAAAUAUCUAAUUCAAAAACUUCUGAUUUGAUAAGAAAAUUAAGUCUUUUUGAACUUUGACCUAGAAGUUUGCUCACUUUUCCGUUUAUUUACAGCAACCGUGCGCGAUUUGUCUAGACCAGUCAGUUAUUUGGCCGGUCCGUUACAUGAUUCCGAUACCUUCGAGCGAAAAAGAACGCAAAAUGUGGAAGUUCAUUCUUCAGUCUGACUUCAACGCUUACAGAAUAACACCGGUCCGAUUGGAUUCCUUUCCAGAAAUGACUUCUUUUUGCAGCGGUCGCCGCUUCCGAACCAAGGAUACCUCUGUUUCGCCCACUUCAGUCCUUUCGCUCUCAUCCCUACAAACGACUCUUUACAGCUCUUCAGAGUGGCUGCGAAUGAAGUCCCUCGUUUCAAUUUUGCCAAGGCGAUCGUCUUCGAAAGUCCUUUCGAGUUCGCUUUUCCAGAGUAUCUUGCUGUUCGUUUCGUUCUAUUAUUCAACCUUGCGGGAAAAAAAUACCCUAGCGCCAGCUUUGUUCGAAAUAAAAAAGUUUAAAGAAGUGCAAAAUUUUAAAUUUGACAACAAUUUUCCAGUUUCUCGAUCAUUUUCAUCGUAACAAAACAGUUCACGAACAUGUAGCUUUGAUGCUUUAAAUUUUUUACUAAAAAAAUAUUUAAAUCCAACGAGCUAGCUGCCUUCUCAAAGUCAAAUAUUGUUUUUUUGAGAAAAGCUGGCCAAAAUUUGCAAGCACUUUACCAGAUGGCCAUAGAAGAAGAUGGACAAAUCAAUUCCUAUUUUUAAAUUUAAAUUCGAAAAGUUACGCAGCAUUAACUUUUGCCGAAAAAAGUUGGAAACUAUUCGAACAUACUUUUAAUUGAUUUCGAAAGAGUGGAAUUCGUGCUGUUUAGUUUCUUACUUCAUUUCAAAUAUUUUUCUUCUCGUGUUAAAGUUUCUUUUCCUUCGAGACUUGAGAGAAAUGGGAAGAUUGGAACUUUUCAGCAUUUGAAAAACAAUUAUGAAGUAGCUUAAUGGGUGAAUGAAGCUUUGUAUAAUAUUUCGAAGAACAAAAUGGGCGUUUGUUUUGAAAGUUAAGAAGAGAUUUUUCAGCAAGUGCAGAAGGACGUCUUGUCUCAAGAGGGUCUGGAUUUCAUCAGGAAAGUCUCCAAAUGUGCAUUGGUUAGUGGCGGAAUAGAUGGUAAAUGACCGAAAACUAUAAGCAUAAUUUUUUGAAAAAAAGAUUUAAAUUAAAAAAGAUAGAUCGUCACAUAUGUGUAAAUAGGAAUCUCGAAGAAAAAAGCAAGGGAUAAUUUUAUAUUUAGUUCUUUUGAAUUUUGGCGCAACCUUUCCGCGUCUGCGGUUUUUUUUAAAAAAUUUCAUUGUUUUUCCGUCAGUGCAGACUUUCUUUGCGAAACUUGAAAUAAAAAAUUUAAAAAAUUGAAUAAUAAAUGUUGCUACCUUUUCCUUGAAGUAAAGAUUUUAAACGGUGAAAAAUGUCCCAUCUAGUUCAAUUACUCUGGACUUGUUCCUUGAAUAUGUUUGUCACAUACACAGUGAUGAAUCGUCACAAUUUUUGAUUGGCUUUGCAGUGUCGUGGGUUCAUUAGAUCUUCGAUGGAAAGUUUCAUACACCGAUGUCAUCCGGGAGCCAGAUACCUCUGCACUCUUUGUCCUUUACCGCACGCGCUCCGAGAAGAACAGCACAUUGUCCAUUUCCUGAAUCACCGUGAGACUUUCCAUAGGAACUCAAAACUUGAUAUCGCUUUUCUGAAACUUGUGACUUAAGUGUUCUCAAAAGUAUGCACAAGAAGUUAAAUGAGUUUAGAAGGGUGUUUUACAACAGAAGUUUUCUUUAUACAUAAGUCUUUCUAGAGAAACAAAUCUAGUUGCUUAGUAAUAUAUGGAGCUUUGAAAAACUCCCCAAUAUGGAAAAAGAAGUCAAAAUUUUUACAUUACCAUGAAUGAGACAUAAGAAUUUUUUGUGUCUAGUUUGAACUCUUUGGGAAAGUUUAUUUUUUCAACUUCUCAAAAGUUGGCAUUAAGGGAAUACAUUUUAUUUAUGGCUCUAUCUAUAAAAAUACUGUUCCAUUUCAUACGCAUUGGAAUGUUUCUCUUCACAAACCAACGCUCUUGUUUUUCAACUCGAAAGUAAUUAUUUGAGGCGAGAUAGACUUCCCAAUGAUCACGCUGAUGGAAUGUCCUUUCUGUCAACCUGGAGAAUCGUCUUUGUACCCGCAUCAAGAGUCUCUGAAAAAACAUUUGGUGGACCAUCACAAGUGGACCGAUUAUUGCUCACAGUUGGUUUUUAACUUUUUGUGUUUCUGUGUAAUAUUCAAGGAUGUGCGGUAAAACGUUUUGAAAUGGAACUAGAGGUAAACUUUUUGAUUAAAUAUGAGAAGCGAAUCGAAGAGAAGCAAAGAUUAAAAUGUCCGAAAUUUUUCAAAGUGUAAUGAUUUUUUGCAAAAUCUGUUAGAAGAACUACAAAAAUGAAAUAUUUCCAAGCAGUGCAAAACAAAAAUUGCUGCCCAUCUCUCAUAGGAAAAAGGAAAAAGAAGACCUAAUCCUUGAUUCUUAGUUGCAACUUGCCAAUGUGUACCGUGGAGGCGAAACAGAGACACGAACUUCAGCAUGUACUGAGCAAGUGAGUAGAUUCAUUUUAUCGGUUGCGGCGAAAUCGAGGCUAUUUUAUUUUUCUCGAAAGAAUCUAGCGGAGAAAUGUCCCUUUAUGGAAAAAUGUCUUGAGGAGCGCAUGGUGCUGUUGUUACUGCGGCCUCAUCGACAGCCGCAUAGUUUCUGAGAGGGAUCGUUAUACCCAUUAUUUGUUCCAUUCUGUCUCCGAAGUCUUCCGUUGCAGAUACUGUCUGGCCAUUUGUGAGAGUUCCGUGCAGGUCGGUGAUCUCCUCUUUCAAAAAAAAAAAAUCGCAAAGUCUUCAGGUCGAAGCACAUUUCCGCGAGUCUCAUUGCGUGGGCACUUAUUGCCGACUUUGCCCCAGAACCAUCGCCACAGCCAACCAUAUUUUCGAAAGACACAUGGUACGCGCCUAAAAUUUUUUUUGACAGAUGAUUUGAUUUUAAAAAAAAACUUCAGUUCUUCGGUUACAUUGAACUCAAGAAAUUGGGCCAUAUGGUCUUUGCGGAAACUGUAGAACUUUAAUUUUUCCGUCUUUCAAGUUUUUCUCCGGGGGACAAUAAUAUUUCCACAGCUUUACAUAGGUGUAGAAAAAGUGAAAAAAUUUUUAAAGUGGACUCCAAACUUCUUUUUUUUUUUGAGUUUUACCUACUCCUCUGCACUAUCAGCAGAGUGGGCGCUAUGAAAUCUAGUAAUGAUCGGCGAAGAUUUUGUUUUUUUUUUUGUGUAAAACCGGAUUGCCCCAAAUUUCUAAGGUCAGAAUUUUCAAAUCGUAGAUUUGAAAAAAAAAAUCCAGUCUUUUUUCCUUGUUGUUGAUAUCGGCACCGUUUAUAUUUGGUAAGAUUUGAAAUUUUCAGUUGACGUUGCUCUCCCUGCGACGAACAGAAAACGGAACCGUCUGUCCUCGGGCCGACGUUAUUGCCCUGAGAUCAGUCGUCGGCCUAUCAGCCAACUCCCCUCCGGUCUUUUCGAGCAAAUAG